CUCUCUGUUCCCUCCUUACAACAGCAGACCCUUCGUCCCCUAAAAAACGGAGGUGGGAGAAGCCGGACGGGGUGGGUAGAGGCCAUUAGCCCGCGGGGCGGUUCGAGAGCCGGGAAGUUUUGCCGGGGACCUGCCUGGGGGCGGGGAGCCAAUGGAGGGACCGAACCGACCAGAGCGAGCACCGCCCCUCGCGAGCCCUAGGGGGCGGGGCCAGCUCUGGGGCGGGGCCACGGCCGAGGGCGGGGCAGGGAGGCAGCAUGCUAAACCGGGUGCGCUCGGCCGUGGCGCACCUGGUGAGCUCUGGGGGCGCCCCGCCUUCGCGCCCCAAGUCGCCAGACCUGCCCAACGCGACCUCGGCGCCACCCGCUGCCCCUCCACAAGCUCCUAGGAGUCCUCCGGCCAGGGCUGGGAGCGGGGGUGCGGCGCCAGCGAGGACAGUAGAGGCUCGAGCAAGCUUCUCCCGACCGACUUUUCUGCAGCUGAGCCCCGGGGGGCUGAGACGCGCCGACGACCACGCUGGCCGGGCUGUGCAAAGCCCUCCGGACACCGGCCGUCGCCUGCCUUGGAGCACGGGCUACGCCGAGGUCAUCAACGCUGGCAAGAGCCGGCACAAUGAGGACCAGGCUUGCUGUGAAGUGGUGUAUGUGGAAGGCCGGAGGAGUGUUUCAGGGGCACCUAGGGAGCCUAGCCGAGGCCAGGGACUCUGCUUCUACUACUGGGGUCUGUUUGACGGGCAUGCAGGGGGCGGGGCUGCUGAAAUGGCCUCUAGGCUUCUGCAUCGCCACAUUCGGGAGCAGCUAAAAGACCUGGUAGAGAUACUCCAGGACCCCUUACCGCCCCCCCUCUGCCUCCCGUCCACCCCGGGGGCUCCAGGUUCCUCUGAUUCCUCUCAGUUGGUUGGUCCUCAAUCCUGCUGGUCUUCACAGAAGGAAGUGACUCAUGAGAGCCUGGUAGUGGGUGCCAUUGAGAAUGCCUUCCAGCUCAUGGAUGGGCAGAUGGCCCGGGAGCGGCGUGGCCAACAAGUGGAAGGGGGCUGCUGUGCACUGGUUGUGGUCUACUUGCUAGGCAAGGUGUACGUGGCCAACGCAGGUGACAGCAGAGCCAUCAUUGUCCGGAAUGGUGAAAUCAUUCCAAUGUCCCGGGAGUUCACCCCGGAGACUGAGCGCCAGCGUCUUCAGCUGCUUGGCUUCCUGAAACCAGAGCUGCUGGGUGGUGAAUUCACCCACCUCGAGUUCCCUCGCAGAGUUCAGCCUAAGGAGCUGGGGCAGAGGAUGCUGUACCGGGACCAGAACAUGACUGGCUGGGCCUACAAAAAGAUCGAGCUGGAGGAUCUCAGGUUUCCUCUGGUCUGUGGGGAGGGCAAAAAGGCUCGAGUAAUGGCCACCAUUGGGGUGACCCGGGGCUUGGGAGACCACAACCUCAGGGUCUGCAGUUCCACCCUGCCCAUCAAGCCCUUCCUCUCUUGUUUCCCUGAGGUGCGAGUGUAUGACCUGACGCAGUACGAGCACUGUCCAGAUGACGUGCUAGUCCUGGGAACAGAUGGGCUGUGGGACGUCACCAGUGACUGUGAGGUAGCUGCCACUGUGGACAGGGUGCUGUCAGCCUAUGAGCCCAAUGACCCCAGCAGGUACACAGCUCUGGCCCAAGCUCUGGUCCUGGGGGCCCGGGGCACACCCCGGGACCGUGGUUGGCGUCUCCCCAACAACAAGCUGGGUUCCGGGGAUGAUAUCUCAGUCUUCGUCAUCCCCCUGGGAGGGCCAGGCAGUUACUCCUGAGAGGCUCAAGCCCUGAACCUCCCACCACCAUCCCAGCCUCUCCAUGCUUAUGCCUCUCCCAACCUAAAUUCUGAAGUUGUCUCCCCCACCUUCUUUAGUGGCAACUUAACUGAAGAAGGGGUGCCAGUUAGAUCUACAGUUAUAGCUCUUGGCAAAUAAACCAGAUGAAUAAAGAUG